AUGACGGGACCUUCCUGUUCCCGGCCCCGCUCCCGCCUCGCUCCCGGGGGCUCCCCCCGAAACGACCCCCCCCCGGACCUCCCGCACCCCCGAGAGCCCCCCCAAAACCAGCCCUGGAGCCCCCCGGACCCUCCGGGAUCCCCGAGGAACGAGGCCCCAAAGGGAUUUCGGGAGCUGAGUCCGGGGCAACAGUGGGACCUCCCAAGACCCCCCAAGGAACAGGAGGAGCCUGAGGUGGUGGAGCUGCAGGACUCGGACGAGGGGGACGAGGGGGACGUGGUCAGGAGGGUCUUCAUCGCCCCCUGUGCCCCCCCGCCCCGCGGGCACCCCCGGGCCCCUCCCAGGGCGGGUCUGAGGAAGGGGGGGGGCGCCGCGGGGGGGGGUCGGCAACGCCCCUUUAUCUGCAACGAGUGCGGGAAGAGCUUCAGCCACUGGUCGAAGCUGCUGCGGCACCAGCGAACCCACACGGGGGAGCGGCCGAGCACCUGCGGGGAGUGCGGGAAGAGCUUCUCCCAGAACUCCCACCUGGUGCAGCACCGCCGCACCCACACCGGGGAAAAGCCCUACAGGUGUGGCCACUGCGGGAAGAGCUUCUCCUGGAGCUCCAACCUCAUCCAGCACCAGCGGAUCCACACCGGGGAACGGCCCUACGGCUGCUCCGACUGCGGGAAGAGCUUCACGCAGAGCAAGAACCUCAUCAAGCACCAGCGAACCCACGCGGGGGGGGCACGGCCACGGAGAGCCCCCCAGUACCCCGGGAAGCCUCCCAAGGCGAGGGGGGAGUCCUCGGGGGUGGAGGGGGCAGAGGAGGGAGCUGGGGAGCCCCUGAUCUGUGUGGAGUGCGGGGAGAGCUUCGCCCGGAGCGCGGCACUGAGGAAGCACCGGAGGGGGCACCUCCCGCUCUUCGGGCCCUGAGGGGACACGGGGACACCGUGGAGGGGACACAUGGACAGUGGAACAUGGCCUUGCCACUGCAGAGGGCACCAGCUGCUGUUUGGGACAUGGGGACACACAGACAGGGGACAGAUGGACAGUGGGACACUGCCCCGGCACCGGAGGGGGCACUGAGGGCUCUUUGUACCCCAAGGGGACAUGGGGACAAUGGCCAGGGGACACACAGACAGGGGGACACCUGGCCCACAGUGGCUCUGCCCUGGCCACAGCUCCGGGCACCUGCCACUCCUUGUGCCCUGAGGGGGCACAGGGACUGUGUGACACCAUGCCAGGGGACACACGGGCUGUGCCACAGGCAGGACAUGGGGACAGGUCUGGGGACACACGGACAGUGCCACACAAUGGGACACAGUGUCCCCAAAUUCCUCCGUGUUCCCGUGUCACCUCGGUGCCCCCCAGGACCCCCCAGUGCUCCCAAUGUCCCUGUCGGUGCCAGAACCCAAAGCUGUAAAUAGAGGGGGAGGGGACACACACACAAGAAGUGGGACCCCCUGGGGGGAGUGGUGACAUCGGGACCCCCCUGUGGGGGUGGGGGGG